AUGAAGUUCAAUAAAAGCGUAAGCAGCUCAAGAAGAAAGAGCAGAAAAGCACAUUUCACAGCAAAUGACGCAAAAAGAAGAAUCAUUAUGUCGUCCAACCUCAGCAAAGAGCUAAGAGAGAAGUACGUGUUCAAGUCAUUCCCCAUUGUAAAGGGCGACGAAGUACUGGUCCUCACUGGAGACUUAAAAGGAAAGACCGGCAAAGUCAUAAAAGUGAACAGAGCAACAUACAGAGUAACCCUAGACAUAACCUACAGAGAAAAGAAGAACGGACAAAUUGCACGAUUUGGCAUCCACUCUUCUUCCCUGCAGAUCACCAAGUUCUGCACUGACUACAACAGAGAGGCACUCUUAGAGAAAAAGAAAGCAGCAAGAAUUGCCGGAGAUAUGGAAAAAGCAAAAAGAAAGGAAAUGCUAUCUCAAUAA